UAUCCGACGGAACUUUCAUCAAAAAACUAUUUACGCCACACGAAAAACGCGCAAACUCAUACCUUGUUUUUUGUAUUAGAAGUUAGAACACACAACAUAAAACGAUGCAUUUUUCUACAGGAAAUUGAACAGGAAAAAGAAGAGGAAAAAAUGGCAAGUAGCAGUACUUGUAGACCCAUAAUUAAUGCAAAAUUAAAUGUUGUUAAUCGAUUUGUGACACCAAAAGGUAUACAAUUGAUCCUUCAAGGGAACCGUGGAUUAAAGCAAAAAGUCAGAAUUUUUGUUGUAAGAGCAUCAGCAGUUGAUAGUUCAUCUAACUUUGUUGAACGCAUGGAAAAAGCCUGGUUGAUUUCCAAGCAACCCAGGCCAAUUGUAUGCUCUACGUGCGACUCAAAUGGCCAUGUGGAAUGCAAGUGGUGCAGUGGUACUGGUUUCUUUAUACUUGGUGACAAUAUGCUCUGUCAAGUGCCAUCUCGAAACACAAGCUGUGUCAUCUGCUGUGGAAAGGGUUCUGUAUGCUGCACUGACUGUAAAGGAACAGGCCAUCGCGCAAAGUGGUUGGGAGAGCCUCCUAUUCCCAAGCCUCCUAUUACCGAAGAGUAAUUUUUCAACUGAUCUCUUGAAUUGGUAAUCAAUGUUCAGAAUGCUACUGAAUGUAGCUUAUUACUUGUAUUCAAUAUUGAAAAUAUUGUUUCUAUCUCAGUAGAAUUAUUUUUUUCAUCAGUUUCA